AUGAUCACUUUGGCUGCCGGUGCUAUGCGCAUGGUUAAAUACGACCAAUUUGUCUCCUACGUGUCUCAAUAUUCGAUCAUGGAUUUUUCUAGCAAAUAUACUCUCACUCGCCACACUAAGGCAGUCAACGUAUUGGCUAGCAAGAUAGGCAAUGAUAGUUGCAUAGUUGUAUGGAGCUUGGUAUCCAGUGAAAUGAUUCAAGAAAUCUUUACACCGGCAGCAGGUUAUAUCAGUGCCAUUAUCUGGAUGGACGUUAACAAUCAUGGUGAAACAACAUUUGCUUUCGGGGCUUCAGAUGGCAACAUUCAAGUAUAUGAAAGGAGCAAUGAUGCACUGUUCACAUUCCAGAGCACCACCAUGGGCCACUCAGAUGUGGUGGAGUCGCUUGCUUGGGAUCCUGUUCAUCGGCGUCUGGCAAGUGCUGCUGGUGGUCGCCCACAUCUUUGGAACCUGACACCAGACAAAACCCUCGCGACCAUCACCUCGCAGCCUGAGAAACAGUUGUACGUUGCCCGCACAGUUCACUUCUACGACAACGGUGCUUCCCUCCUAGUGUCAUAUCUGGAAAGUGGUGAAAUAUUCUGCUAUUCUAUCAAACCUUGGGAUCUAAAGUGGCACAAGAAGGUGCAAGGAAGAAUUGGCAAUGCUGUUCUUGAGGGCAGUUUUCUGCUCAUGAGUAAUCUCAAAGACAGGGUGGAUAAAUACACCAUUCCUACCCUCCAGCGCGUACAGUCCUAUAACCAUGUGAUCCUUCGCAAUGUUCCUCUGCAAAUCUCCGUUGCUCGGCAGGCGGGACUUAUUUUUGUUGGUGGUGAUGAUGGAUUUGCUUGUGUAUUUGAUUACAGCACAGGGACAUACCGAGGACAGUUGGCACACGGGAAUCGGGGUGAUCAGAUCAUCCCCAUCACAUCGCAUGAAGGGCGGGCUGGGUGCACUGUUGUUACUGGCAGCUGCUUUAAUGGGCAUAGUAGCAUGAAGGUCUGGGAGGAGGGCAAAUCGGUGUCAAUGGAGGACAACACAACAUCUCCUUCACCUCCUUCAACCUUUGCAGGAACUUCUCCAACAAUGCAGCUUGUUCGGUUUGCUAUUAUCUGCAUGCUCGUAAACAUUGCCAUACACGCCCUCCAUUCAGGCACAUUGUCAGAACUUUACCUGCUGUUUCAUGACAGUGUAGUCGAUGGUAUCCGGGCCUAUUAG